UUAACAUAAAUAACAAUGAAUCUUAUCAAUGUGAAAGUUCUUAUAUUAAUGAUUUUUUAGAAAAUGCUUUAGAAGAAAAUAAAUAUUUAAUAUCAUGGAUCCCAUCUAGUAAUCUAAAAAUUGUCUCAAAGGUCGGAAAGGGUGGAUUUUCGACUGUAUAUUUGGCUCAAUGGGAUGAUGAUGGUACUGCAAACGCUGUUGCACUUAAAUUGCUCCAUGGAUCACAUGAUAAUUGUGAGGAACUUUUAAAAGAGUUCAAUAUUGCUGAAGCAGCUUACGACAGCACCUUUAAUAUCGAAAGUUUUGAAAGUUUAGAUGAAUACUUAGAAAAGCGAAAUUUUGAAAAAUAA